AUGGGCGGGCUGGAGGCAGCCCUGAGGACUGCUGGACAGGGCCACCUCUGGGACCACCUGCUCACCCUCGAUGGAGAGGUACGAACGGCUUUCCAGGUACAGCUGGAGGCCGUCGAUUUUGCCCGCGUGCAGCGCAUAUUCCAGGCCAGCGUGACCAUGACGGAGGAUGCUGAGGAGGGCGUGGAGCCCAUCGACGGCGUCCAAACCAUUCAGGACACUACCGAGGAGCAGCGUGGGAAGUGGCGGGCGCUGGGUCUGGCAGCCAUCGCCGGCGGCAGGGUCGCUGGCCUCCUCCUCGCCGGCGGCCAGGGCACCCGCCUGGGUAGCCCCGCGCCCAAGGGCUGCUAUGACAUCGGCCUGCCUUCCCGCAAGUCCCUGUUUCGGCUGCACGCUGAGCGCCUGCUGCGGCUGCAGCAGCUGGCCCAGCGGGAGGAAAGCGCGCCUCGACCAUGCAUACCCUGGUACAUAAUGACCAGCCCCGCCACGGAUGUGGAGACCCGGGCCUUCUUCCAGGCGCACGCCUGGUUUGGGCUGGAUGCCGAGCAGGUGUUCUUCUUCCAGCAGGGCGAGCUGCCGGCGCUGACACCUUCGGGCGAGGCCAUCCUCGCCGCCCCCGGCCGGCUGGCGCUGAGCCCCGACGGCAACGGCGGGGUGUACGCCGCGCUGCGGCGCUCUGGCGCCCUGGCGGACAUGGCGGCACGCGGCGUGGCGGCGCUGGACGUCUGGCCCGUGGACAACGCGCUGGCCGCCCCCCUGGACCCUGCCUGGUACAGCGAGCUGAGCGAGGCGCGCGCAGCAGCACGCAACCCGUCCACGGGCGCGCUGCGCUACGCCUGGUCCAACGCCUGCCUGCACUUCUUCUCCCUGGCCUGGCUGGCGCGCGCAACGGACGCUCUGGAGGCCGCCCCGCGCUUCCACGUGGCGCGCAAGGCGGUUCCCUGCCUGGGCGGGGGCACGCGCCCCGGGGUCAAACUGGAGCUGUUCAUCUUUGACACCUUUGGCCUGGCGGAGGGCGUGCGGCUGGUGGAGGUGGACCGCGCCGCCCAAUUUGCGCCGGUGAAGAACGGGCCGGGCGCGGGGAGCGACUGCCCGGAGACGGCGCGCGAAGCGGUGCUGGCGCUGCACGCCGGCUGGGUGCGGCGCGCGGGCGGCCGCGUUGGCUGCGGGGAGGGUGUGGAGGUGUCACCCCUCCUCUCCUACGCCGGCGAGGGGCUGGAGGACGUGUGUGGGGGGCAGGAUUUUACCCGUCCCUGGGACGCACGCCUGCAGCUGGUGGGCGGGGACAAAGUCAUGCAGAUGCCCAACAUCAGGUCGUGA